GUUUUGUUAUGUGAAUGUGUGAUUGGUCCUUAACUGAAUGGCUCACAUUUUAAUUCUUGAAGCAUUCUAUGGUGGCUCCCAUAAGCAGCUGCUUGACGUGAUACUAAAAGAUCUCCACCCGGACGAGUACGAUUUGUACACUCUGCCGGCAAAGAAAUGGCACUGGUGUGCCCGAAUGAGUGCACUGCAUUUUGCAUCCCAAAUUCCUUCCAGCCACCAGUUUCGGACCCUUUUUACAAGUUCCGUACUGAACCUAGCGGAACUGAUCGGACUGCGUCCGGAUUUGGCCGGUUGCCAUAGAAUAGUUUACUUCCACGAAAACCAACUCUGCUACCCCGUCCGGCACACUAAGGCACGAGAUGUCCAAUACGGGUUGAACCAGAUUACGACGACUGUUUGCGCGGACAAGGUGCUGUUUAAUUCCCGUUUCAACAUGUACUCCUUUCUGGACAGUAUUCAAUCGUUCCUAAACAUCGUCCCGAAUAUGAAGUUCGCAGGACAGCGUGAAAAGAUUGCCCCCAAAUGUGAGGUGCUACAUUUUCCGAUCGCUUUACGUCAAAUACCUCGACGAGUGUUGGCCGCACUAGAGAAACCGCUUCAUUUAAUUUGGCCCCACCGUUGGGAGCAUGACAAGAAUCCGGAACAAUUGGUCGAAGCUUUGCUGGCGCUUCAGGCCAAGGGCGUCGACUUUCGGGUCUCUAUUCUAGGUGAGCGGUUCAAAACGGUUCCGGAGUGCUUCGAUAAACUGACGGACCGCUUGCCAGGGAAGUUGGUUAAUUUUGGGCCCCUUCCGAGGGAUGAGUACUAUCAAACACUACUCGAUGGUGAUGUCGUCCUAUCGACGGCCCUACACGAGUUCUAUGGGGUGGCAAUGCUGGAAGCGGUUCACUGCGGCUGUGUCCCGAUGGCACCGAAUCGCCUCGUGUAUCAGGAGCUCUAUCCAAAGGAUAAACUGUUCAACACAACGGCUCAGCUCGUGAAGCAGCUAUACAAUUGGUGCCGCAAUCGGGCGUUGUUUGAAAAGCAUCGUGAAGCGUUUUUCAAUGGCUUUACACUGGACCACUACUCGGCGGACUUGUUGGUUCCGAAAUUUGUGGGGCACCUUAGACGAAUUGAUUCAAUAGAGCACAAUAGAAGUUUGUAA